UUUUUAGAGAGAGAGAGGGAGAGGAUAGGGAUUAAUGGGGAGAGGAAGAGUGGAACUGAAGAGGAUAGAGAACAAAAUUAAUAGGCAGGUGACAUUUGCAAAGAGAAGAAAUGGGUUGCUUAAGAAAGCAUAUGAACUAUCAGUACUUUGUGAUGCUGAGGUUGCUCUCAUCAUCUUCUCCAGCCGUGGAAAGCUCUAUGAGUUCUGUAGUACCUCUAGCAUGAUGAGAACACUUGAAAGGUACCAAAAGUGUAGCUAUAGUGCACUAGAGGCCAGCAACCUUCUCCAUGAGACACCGAAUAAUUACCAGGAGUAUCUGACUCUCAAAGCUAGGGUUGAGGUGCUGCAAAGAUCGCAGAGGAAUCUUCUUGGGGAAGAUCUAGCCCCCUUAAAUACAAAGGAGCUUGAGCAGCUUGAGAAUCAGCUAGAGACCUCCUUGAAGCACAUUAGGUCAACAAAGAAUCAAUUCAUGCAUGAUCAGCUGGCUGAGCUUCAAAACAGGGAACAGAUACUUGUGGAAGCCAACAAAGCCUUAAGAAAAAAGGUGGAAGAGUGUAGCACUCCAGUUCCGCCGCGACUCGGAUGGGAUGCUGGAGUACACAACAUGUCAUACAAUCGGAUUCCUACGCAUUCAGAAGAGUUUUUCUACCCUUUAGCAGGAGGAAAUCAAACCCUGCAAAUGGGAUAUAAUCCAGUGAGUUCAGAAGAGAUGAAUGUUGCCACUGCAAGUAACUCUCAACAUGUCAAUCCAUUCAUACCUGGUCACAAAGAAACAAAAAGAAAAGAAAAGUAUGUUGAAAAACAGAAAGAUGAGGAGAAAAGGACGUUGGCUACAGGCAGCCAAUCAGAAUUCGAAAACGCAGUACUCGAAAUGAAACCCUGGUUUGAACGAAACCACCACCAUCAUCAUCGACAUCGUAGUAGCGAGCCAGAAAUCAUGGGGCGGGGAAGGGUGGAGUUGAAGAUGAUAGAGAACAAGAUCAAUAGACAAGUCACGUUCUCGAAGCGAAGAUCCGGUUUGUUGAAGAAAGCGCACGAGAUCUCCGUACUUUGCGAUGCUGACGUCGGUUUGAUCAUCUUCUCCACCAAGGGCAAGCUCUUCGAAUACUCCACCGAUUCCUGCAUGGAGAGGAUCCUUGAACGAUAUGAGAGAUAUUCAUAUGCUGAAAGGCAGCUUCUUUUAAAUGAAGCUCAAACAAAUAUAAGCUGGACUCUGGAGCAUGCAAAGCUUAAGGCUAGGAUUGAAGUUUUAGAAAAAAACAAAAGGAAUUUCAUGGGAGAAGAUCUUGAUUCCUUGAGUCUCAAAGAACUGCAAAAUUUGGAGCAACAACUGGAUUCUGCACUCAAACAUAUAAGGUCCAAAAAGAGCCAACUCAUGUAUGAAUCUAUUUCAGAGCUCCAAAAAAAGGAUAAGGCAUUGCAGCAGGAAAACAACUUGCUUGAAAAGAAGGUUAAAGAGAUGGAGAAGACUCUUUCAACUCAAGAAGCACAGAAUAUGAAUAAUACUGCUCUAGACCCAUCAUCGAUUCUUCUAUCCCAGCCACUGCAAUCUUUAAACAUCAGCUACAAUCAAGCUAGAGAUAGUUCUGUAGUUGAGGAUGAAGGACCUCCAACUCAAAAUCGAGCUGGCAACACAGUACUCCUCCCUCCAUGGAUGCUUCCCCAUAUGAAUGAAUGAAUGAUCAAGCACAAAGUUUUGUUCUAAUGAACAGGCUUUGCCAAAGCACUUUGUGUAGUUAAUCAGUAAGCGUAAGCACCACACCAUUCACAGUCUCUGCAACUGUAAUAAAAAAACAUUGGUAUUUUAGAUAUAAUUUAUCUAGAAUAUGCAUAUGUAUACACAUAUAUAUAUGUAAAGAACUGUCAUGUUGGAAAAUGUUAAAUAAAUCUUUUUUUCUAGUCUAUUGAUCCUUACUGUGUAUAUGUGAUGUGAUAUGUACAACAAUUCUCACACGUGAACCAAAAAGUAUGAACUCACUUUGCGAAUCAUAGAUGUGGUGGGUCUCACAGUGAAAGUGUGGCCCCCACUUUUAUUGUGAUUUA